AUGAUGUCUAGCAGGAGAACUACAAGCUGCUGUUGCUUACUGCCCCUGAAUGAAGACAACGGGAGAUUCCUUCUCUUAGCCAUUUUCAUUGUACUUUAUCUCAUAGCAGGAGCCACAAUCUUUUCCACCAUUGAGAGUCCAUCAGAAGCCAUAGCUCAUAACCGCUGGGACAGGAUCUUGAAGAACUUCAGUGAGUCCUUUAAUAUCAGCCUUCUAGAGCUGCGCUCAUUCCUUAGAGAUUAUGAAGCAGCAAUGGCAGCAGGGAUCAGGGCAGAUGCCCUCAGACCAAGGUGGGACUUCACUGGAGCUUUGUACUUUGUAGGAACAGUUGUCUCAACUAUAGGUUUUGGAAUGACCACACCAGCCACUGUAGCAGGGAAAGUGUUCCUCAUCUUCUACGGCCUGUUUGGAUGUGCUGGUACAAUACUGUUUUUCAACCUCUUUUUGGAAAGGAUAAUAUCGCUCUUGGCAUUUGUAAUGAAAGCUUGUCACGAGAGACAGUUACGAAGAAACGGGCUUCUACCUCCAACAGUCCGAAGAGGUUCAUCUGUAUCAGAAGUUGACAGCCUCGUUGGGUGGAAGCCAUCGGUUUACCAUGUUAUGCUAAUAUUGGGCAUCUUUGCUAUUACCCUCUCUUGCUGUGCAUCAGCCAUGUAUACCCCAGUGGAAGGGUGGAAUUACAUUGAUUCUUUGUAUUAUUGUUUUGUCACUUUUAGCACCAUUGGAUUUGGAGAUCUAGUAAGCAGCCAAAAUGCUGUGUACAAAUAUCAGGGAUUAUACAGGUUUGGAAAUUUCAUGUUCAUGCUUUUGGGAGUCUGUUGCAUUUACUCGCUUUUUAACGUCAUAUCGAUUGUAAUCAAGCAAGUUUUAAACUGGAUUCUAAAAAAAUUAAGGUGCCGAUGCUGUAAUAAGUGCCAUAAAUCAAACCCGCGUCUUGGACGCCGAAAUGCCAUUACCCCUGGAUCUCGUUUUCGCAGGAAUAAGUUGUCGAUGGAGACUGAUGGAAACUAUGAUAGUGACACAGAAGGAAGGAGGUUGUCUGGUGAGAUGAUCUCCAUGAGGGACCUCACAGCAUCCAACAAGGUGUCUCUUGCCAUUCUACAGAAGCAGUUAUCUGAAACAGCCAAUGGUUACCCUAGAACUGUGUGCAUCAACACAAGACAAAACGGCUUCUCAGGAGGGGUCGGAGCUUUAGCCAUCAUGAACAAUAGGUUGGCAGAAACAAGUGAUUCUAGGUAG